CUGAAAAUUUCAAUUUUAACCAAACCAAAGUAACGGCUUUUUCUUCAGCUUAUCGAUUAAUUCCACAUUUCAACGUUCAUCUUCUUCUUCAAUACGCUUCGAUACACAAUCUUCAAAUCUCACUUCGCCAUUUCAGGUUUUAGAUCGUAUUGUGCACGAUGUUGCAAUGGAUGGGAGGAUCAAGACGGAAAGUUACUGCUUCCAGGAUGUCUACACAGAAGAGGCAGAAGCAAUACUUUGAACAAAGGAAGCGACAACAACAAAAUGUUCAUAUGAUGGGGUCAGAUAACCAUGGUGAAAGUUCAGGCAGUGGACAACUCUACAAAGAACACCAGUCUCUGGACAUUCUUAAUUUGCUAAACUUAUCACAGUAUGCAAAGGAAUGCAAUUCUGUUGGCCAGAAGGGGAGGGAAGAUGGAGAUGUCUUUGCUGCAAUGCCAGGAAGUGUCUCCAAAAAUCAGCCAAGAAUAUCUACCAAAGUGGAGAUUACUGUAAAUACUCGCGGAUAUGAAGAAGAAAAAACAGGAGCACCUUUAUACGGCCAGAUUGAAACAUCACCAAAGAAGGUUUUACCAAGUGCUCCUGAUCACCAGAAUACUGCUUUUGAUGGACCGCCCAGCCAUUGGAGGACAACUGAUCAAUACUCAGAUUUAUCUGUCAUUGAUCUGCUUUGUGACGAUGGGCAUAAUCCUGCUGAGGAAAAGCCUCCAACCUGUGAAGAUCAUGUUUCUUUUUCCCUUGAAGGCUUGGGUAAAGUUGGAAUAGAGACACCAACCCAUUCGCCACAACAACGGGCUAGAACUACAUACAGACACUCUCCGUUUCUGAAGGAUGGACGGAAGACAAAGUUACAGAACCUUAGCCACGUGCUGGAUGACAUUGAACUUGAAGUGGAUACAAUGAUGCAAGAUAUCGGGGUUUCGCCUAUCAGUUCAACUUUCCCAUCUAACAAAUCAAAGCAAAGUUCAACAAUUAUUGAAGACCACAAAUAUUUUUAUGACCACACGGACAAAAAUGGCCCCUCCAUUAGUAAAGAGUUCUUCCACAAAUCCGAAGAUAAUGAAAACAAUGAAGACACGUGGAAUGCAGGGUUUAUCUUCCCUGAUGAGAAAUUUAACAAAGGGAUAGGAUAUGAUACCUCAUAUGAGAAUACUUUUCAAAUGGAUCGUAGAUCUCCUGAAUUAUUGAAAAGAGGGGCCUUCAAAAUGGAAAGUUUUGGUUUUGAAGACCUCCUUCCGGCGAAAUGGCCUUCAUCAACAGCUAGGAAAGAUAUCAACAUGGGCGAGCCAUUGGCUUCAUUUUCGAUGGACGAAUUAGAGGAUGAUUUUAAUUUCUGUGGUGCCAGUAGGACAAGAUCAUAUGGGAACUUCAACGCAAAAAAUUUAAUUCCUGAAGAUGUAAGAGACAGUUCGAGCUUGUUGAGCGAAGAGUCAAGCUCAGCCACUGCUGGGAGGGGUGAGUACGUCGUGCAUUCACCAUCAAUAGUGACAGGAGAGAACAGAAGAAAACAUAAAAAGGUUUUCGCAAGCCCCAAGCAUAAGUACAGCACGGACGAAGAUAAGAACAGAAGUCGGUCAAAUCCAUCAAAGCGAAAACCUCCUCAUUACUCAAACUCUAUUCUCCAAGAAGAGAUUGGUGCACAAAAUAGCUGGCAGUUUGAGGAAAUAUAUGCUUCUGUUGAUAGAAGUUCUGUUACCACUUCAUUCUAUCAAGAUUUAGAGGCAAAUUUUUCAGUCUUCGGCUGCAAGACUAGACCUGAAGAUCCUUUUAGCGUCUUUACUACCCCUGGAUACAAGGCUAGUCCUUCCUUUGGUGGAUCUAAAAAUUCUGCCAGUAUGGCAGAUUCACCUCCUCCCAGUUUUACCUCGGAAAAGUUUGCAUUUGAUUGUUCAACUCCACUCCCGAGUUUCCCAUCCUCGCCGACCGGGCCAAGUUUAUCUUCAGAUUUUCAGUUCAAAGAAGGGCCUCAAGACAAUGGUGGUUUUCAUUGUGAGACUUCAUCUAAUGAUAUGUCAGUACAGGGAAGUGCGACCAAAGGGGAGAGACAUGUGAAAUUGAAAAAAGACAGACACAAUUUUUUUGAGCAAGAAGAUACUUUCAUGGGAGAUAAUGAAUUAUCCUCAGAAAAGAAAAUGGAAGUAGAUGCUCCAGCUUCCGAUAAUCAUGCGCAAGAAAGUGAAGGCACAGCAGACACAAAACCUAAGACAACAGAGUGUAACGAAACGUCUGAUUCUCCUGUUCAUGUGGAGGAGAUAUCCUCCUCACUGAAGAUACCUGACAAACAUGAAGAAAGCCAGGAAGAUAACAGAAAGAGCAAUUGUGAUGCUGAAACAGAAACUCCCCUUAAAUGUAAAAUUACAAACGAAGAAAUGAAAAUUAGUCCACCUGAAGGAAGAAACAGAGUGAAUGGAAAACAUAUUAACAAUCAAAUUUUCGUGUCGUCGGGUAAGGUGAUGUUUGAAAGCUACGUCUUUCAUCUGCGUGUUCAGAAGGUAUUGAAUGGAGCUUGUACAACAUCCAGAAGGAAUAACACCUUCAUCGGACCUGGUAGUAGCCAUAUAAUUUCUCAUCAUAUUUAGAGAAAAGAAGGAACAAUAAACAUGUCCCCCCCUCCUGCAAUGUACGCACUGAUAAACAGUUUUUUGAUGUGUUUCAGCCUUGCAACUAUGCGUAUUGAUUAAGGUAAAUUUUGCAUAAAAAUGUAAAUAAAUAAGAGAUUUAUGGAAGGUGAGUUUAAUUUUCAUGCAA